CAGGAUGUGAAGCCCCGCUAGAAGAAGCAGGAGGAGGAUGGCUACACCAGGCUCGUCUGCGGCGGUGCUGCUGCUCCUGCUGGGCUUCCUCUCCGCGUCCUCCGUCAAUGCCGACCCCCUGCUGUCAGCUCCGCUCAAUGUGACCAUCAGAGAGCUUGAGGUCAACUCCGCCGUGGUCACGUGGGAAAUCUUGGAGGGGGACCCCGUUAUUGGAUUCGCCAUCACCCAGCAGAAGAAGGACGUACGCAUGCUGAGGUUCAUCCAGGAGGUGAACACGACCACACGCUCCUGCGCACUGUGGGAUCUGGAUGAGGACACCGAGUACAUCGUUCACGUUCAGAGUAUCAGCAUGGGAGGUAGCAGCCCCCCCAGUCAGCCCGUUCUCUUCAGAACGCCCAAAGAGUCGGAGAAGAUGGCGUCCAAGAGUCCAGAUGAGGUGACAAUGGAGGAGUUUGGUCACGCCGCCCAACUGAGGGCUGGAGAACUCAUCAUCAUUGUAGUGGUGCUCAUCAUGUGGGCAGGUGUGAUCGCCCUGUUUUGUCGUCAGUAUGACAUCAUUAAAGACAAUGAGCCCAACAACAACAAAGACAAAGCCAAGAACUCCUCAGAGUGCAGUACUCCUGAGCACCCACAAGGGGGGUUACUGCGCAGCAACGUCUAAGACCAGCCCUGUGUCGCCUUCUGCAAUAACCAAUUCCUUGUACCUCAGGACAGACCCUGAGACCAACAGAAAGCCAUUCUCAGACACCAUCCUACUGAAGUAAAGAUUAACCAUCACAGAAGCUUCACACUCUGAAGAACUCUUGAAAUACAAAAGACACAAACGUGAACUUGAAGAAUCACAGGCUUCAAACAGUCCAACAGGAAACAGGAGAGGACACAACCACUUUCACUUUUGUUGUGACCAAAACUGGACUGAAGCCUUCUUUUUGUGGGCAGCCGAUAUGACAAAACAUAGAGUGUCAAGGCACCAGUUUCUUCUUGACGAGAACUGCUUGAUUCAUACGUUCUGGUUACUCUUCAUCAGCGGCAUCAAAUCCCAGGAGUGGAUCAUCAAACAUGAAUGCCUGUUGUUUGUAUUUUCAACUGAAGGUCAGAGAUGGCAGAGAUGUGGUCUGCCUCACAGGAACAGCCGGUCCUUUAGGCCCAGGUAUCAGUCAGCACACAACACAACAAGCGAAACUCUGUUUUAAACUAAGGACUUUCUCUUUUUCUAUCUGUCCACCCGUCAUAACCUCCUAUUUUUUGUCUUGAC